GCUGGUUCGUGGCACCUUGCCAGCGCUUGGAUACAUUUUCAAAUUGCUCGUGCUCUAGCAACAUGGUCUCACAGACUUCGACCUGCGCCGCUCUUCUUGGCGCCAUGAGCCUUGUGGCUGGCCAAACGACGACGACAGCAGCAACAAACGCGACUGCAGCCAACUCGACCGGCUCGAGCUCGAGCGCCGGCACGUGGGCCUUCAAGCGCGUGCGCACAGUUCAAGCCCGCGUCCAGUCGGACUUGCCGCACUGGGAUUCAGAUCACAAGGAGUGGGUUGCGAUCUUCCCGCAGAACACGGUCACGUUUGAGCAGCGGUACCGCGCCGCAAUGGACACGAUCAACACGGCGACUGUCGAGGGCUCGCUCUUCUACGUGCAGACGGAGGGCAUCGACAAGGCGGUGCAGGCCGCCAACAACUGCAUGCGCAAGACCAACAUGACGUACAUUUGGUACUUUGACAUUGAGGUCGUCCAGCCGGUGCUCUCGGUAUCGCAGUUUGGCACCAACUCGGGCUACGCGCCCGAGUACGGUCCGUUCAUUGCGAUGGACAAUGGCAUGUGCACACCGACAAGCGGCACGACCGUCCCCCAGGGCUGCAUGCAGUUCACCGGUCUCGGCGGCAACCUCGCGCUCGGCGACUACAUUGGUGGCGAGCCUCGCGCAACGCACCAAUAUGCCAACUACGAAAACAACUACUGGUUCUCGUGGCCCAACUCGUGCUUUACGCAGACGUUCACGGCCAAGACGGACGCGUGCCGCGCGUCGGCGGCGCAAAAAGGCGGCCUCUGCGCGUACGGCACAAAGCCUGACGGUGUCACGUGCACGUACUCGUUCUCGGUGCUCGGCUACGUCAACAUUGACGAGCUCGUCGGCAUCACAAACAUGACGAGCUUCCAAACGGGCAAGCCGUACGCCAACCACGUCGAGUUUUGCAAGGACGGCAAGUACGAGUGGGACUUUUCAACGAGCACGGGCAUCCCGUUUUGGUCCGACCCGCUCAACGUGACAGCCAACGCCGAGCGGUCCCAAAAAAUGAUGGACUUUUACACGGCCAAGGUCGCAGAGGGCAAGGGCGAUUACGCCAACAUGAAGCCAUUUCCGAAAGUCUCGGAUCUCACGUCUGCCAACCCAUCAUGCAGCGACAACAACCCGGUCUGCGCGAAGAACCAAUUUGGCUGCAAGCGUACGCUCCUCGGCCAGAUCUGCGUGCCGUGCACGGCAGCGUCAUCUGAUUGCAAGGCGGCGACGCGCUCGUGGCCGACGCUUCCGGUGGCGACGACCGCGCCCCCCGUCACGGAUGCUGCAGGCAAGAUCGUACCGACCGUCACAAACUCCUUGGGGCAGUCGGUACCUGCCACGGGUACAAGCAGCGCCAGUGUCGCCUCGCUCGCUGCCACUGCGUUACUCCUCGUUGCUUUCGCGAUAGUUUAAAGCUUCUUGAUCCCGGUGCUGCAAUGUAAGGUGAGAUGUUUGACUGGCUCCAGACACGUCCAAAUGUUCAUGUAUGAAACUUGGUCACAUAAAAAUACAUAGAACAGUUAGAGGUGCAAAUACAACAACAGAUUUAGUCGGUCCUGCACCCUCAAUAGGUUAAGGGUAAUAAUUGCAUUAACGAGCGGUCUUGUUGAGUGCAACACGAA